AUGAUCAAUUUCGACACUUUACUGGUAUGCCAAAUCAGUAUCUCCAUAGCGUGUCACCAACUUCCACAGCUGGCAACCACUUCCCUAGCUUCACCACCGAUCGCAGUAACAUAUCAACAGAUCCAGACCUCACUCCACGCAAUGCUGCACCAACAGUGGCACCGUCCACCACAACCCUAUCAAACGCAACAGUCAAGCCAUUACACGAAAAUGUCUAUGGUCACCACCACUCCACCAACAUCCAUCAUCAUAAAAACAAUACCAACGAUAACGAAGUCUGCUACAACGAAGUCUGCUAUCCCAAAAGCGACAAUAGUCGCCACAAAACUUAUAUCAACAACGACAAUGCGCCGCAUAACAACUCCGGCAACAACGACAGCGCCCACCACAGCAGUUACUGCAACAGCGACAACGUCCACCACAACAACUCCAUCAACAACGACAACGUCCACCACAACAUCUACUCCAACAGCGACAAUGACCACCACAAAACCUAUAACUCCAGCAAAGACAGCAAUCACCGAAGCACCUACAUCUGCACCAGUAAAAGCAACCACAACACGAGCCAAGUCAACUUCAACAACUAUAUCUGUUUAUCCACUCACUGCCAAAACGGAAUCAAUAUCGCCUCGUCCACUGAUAUUAUCAAGCACAGGCUCAGAUUUGUUCGAAGUGAUCAACUCUAGAGCAACAACGAGCGAAUCGCUGGUGCCAUCGCAAACAAUUCGAAGUGCAACUCAGAACGGUAAGCCAUUAUGA